AUGGCGUCCGAGGAGGAGCAGAGCCCGCUGCUCCUGGACCCGGCCUACGCGCGGAGCAAGUCGGUCAUCCACGACGAGCUGCGCAGCUUCCGCGUGUUCCUGCAGUGGUGCGCGCUCGACCACUCCUCCCCCGCCAAGCGCGCCGCCUCGUACACGGCCUUCCUCGCGCUGGCGCUCGCCGUGCCCGCCGCUGUCACAGCCUCCCUCCGCGCCGACACUUCGCUGUCCCCGGCCUCCGCGUCCGCGGUCACCUUCAACCGCGUGGCCACGCUCACGGCGUCGGGGCUCGCCGCCGUCUCGUUCGUCACGCUGGCCGUCUUCUUCCGCAGCUGCGGCGGCCUCCGGCAGCUGCUGUUCCUCGACGGGGGGCUCCGCGACGAUACCGCGUUCGUCCGCCGCCGCUACGAGCGGGAGCUGGACCGCGCGUUCCGCCUCCUGGCAGCGCUGCUCGUCCCGGCCCUCUGCGUGGAGGCCGCGCACAAGGCCGUCUUCUUCUUCUCCACCGUGCGCGUGGAGCCGCCGCUCCCGCUCCCGCACGUGCCGUGGCGCGCGGUGGCGCUGGUGGCCACGGUGGCGUCGUGGGUGUACCGCACGGGGGUGUUCCUGCUGGUGUGCGUGCUGUUCCGCCUCACCUGCGAGCUCCAGAUCCUGCGCUUCGAGGGGAUCUACCACAUGUUCGACGCGGAGGCGUGCGCCGCCGCCGACGAGAUCUUCCUUGAGCACCGCCGCAUCCGGACGCAGCUGCUGGCCACCAGCCACCGGUACAGGGUGUUCAUCAUCUGCUGCCUCGUCACCAUCACCGUCAGCCAGCUCGGCGCCCUGCUCGUCGCCCUCUCCUCCAAGGACGGCAAGAGCUUCGCCAACUCCGGCGACCUACUGGUUGGUUCGUCGGUGCAGCUGAGUGGGUUCUUCAUGUGCCUGUUCGGCGCGGCAAGGAUCACGCACCGAGCCCAGAGGAUCGUGUCCAUCGCCAGCCAGUGGCACAUGCGCAUGGUGUCCGCCGCUCUGCACCACGGCAAACCGGGCAUCAGCACGUCGGCGAGCGACAUCGACGCGGUCGCUCUGACGGCGCCGUUGCUCCCCGGAGCAGGAUGCGACUACAAAAGCAGACAAGCUCUUGUGACGUACCUGUGGCACAACAGUGGCGGGAUCACCUUGUUCGGCUUCACGCUCGACAGGGGCCUCCUCCACACCAUCUUCGCCUUCGAGAUGACCCUCGUGCUCUGGAUCCUCAGCAAAGCUGUAGUUCUCUCCUAG